AUGCAAUCGUUGGCAGACGCAGUUAAUAUCGCCGAGGAUAUUUCUAUUCUUUUUCUUCUGCACCAAGUUGUUGAAUUACCAACAUCCAACGCAGUCAUACCUCCCAAAGGCCAUCGCCCCACAGAAUAUAGCCUUCCGUUCGAGAAAGAAAGAGAUCUCACUAUUAUUUUGGCGUAUAUUUCCUGCAUCAGAGACAACCCAAACCGCGUCCCUGCCCUUUGCAUUAGAGAGAACAAAGCCUCCAACCAAUUAGACAUUCUGUUUGCAGUCAACGCGUCCAACGCUGCUGACAAGGGCGUUCUUCCCGAGGUCCAGACGAGAUUCCAAGAGCUCUUCAAACUCUUAUCUUCAGUCCCUACAUGUAAGCCCCUCCGUGGCGAAGAAUUUUGCUUGAAAUCCCCCCUUACUUUUCCGGCUGACAUGAUGCUUCCGUUCUGGCUAGCCGACAAUGCAGAAAAAGACAUCUUCGCUGAGAUAGUUUCAAUGUGUACCACUCGCAUACUUGAGCCCACCCAAGAGACGCAUCUUCUAGACGCAAUUCGAAUUCUCUCACAAAAGUCGCCCACAUUCGCCGACGCAGCCAAGGAUUUGGUCCAUAAGAUAAACCUAUGGAACAAGCAUCAAACCACCUCAGAACUAAUCAAGGUUGUCGAAAGUGCUCAUCAUCUUUCUAAAAUCCUGGAUUUGGCAACUCUACUGGAUCAUAUCUCCAACAAAGACAUGUCUCCAACCGCACGAUCAGGCCUUCUAAAUGCCAUCAAGAAACUUGCCAGAUAUAGAACCGCGGCUAGGAUCCUGUAUAGAGCAGCAAAGAAAUUCCCAAUUGUGCAGAAAAUGAACUUCAUCCCUGUCAAUCUCCCUGAAGUCGCGUUCCAGAAAGUACCAGCGACAAUGCAAGCGCCGGGGCGGAGGAUAUCGGAAGCCUUAUCAAGAACAACGUUGUCAAAACGCGAGCGCAAACGAAUGAAUAUAUGUUAUGGCUGUCUCAAAACAGAUCAGGAGACAGCGAAUAAACGGUUCAGGGAUCAGAAGAUGCAAACUCUCGGUGAAUCCAAGAUUCACGCAGAAGUACAGCUUGUAUUCUUCUGUGAAACGAACGAUUUUCAGCCACCUCCUCGGGUCAUCUCUUCUAGCAAGGACGCAUGUUUUCUUUGCAAUGCGUUGAUCAAGGUACAUGGGAAGUAUCACAUUCCUCGCCAACAUGGGAGGCUCUAUCCAGGUUGGCGCCUGCCUUGGUUUCCUGCGCCCAACAGCAUACAGAGCAAGCUUGCAAAACAUCUCGAGGAGGUUAUUAGCGGCUCUAUCAAAACGAUGAUACAAAGUCAGAAACGAAUAAAUCACCCGCCUCCGAAUGAAAGUACGGCUCUAACAGUCGCAAUGUCUGAGACUACUGCCAGUUUAAAUGGCAGUUGUCCUUCAACAUCCUCACGCAGCAGUAGCCCAGCUGAGGCGGAAGUGCUGCAGCCAGUUCCUCUACACGAACCUGGAGAAGUUGGGGCGUCCGCAGUCCGCUUGCCAACGCCUGGCUCUCCCUCUCUGUCCAUCGCAAAUGUAGCGAAAGCUCAACGUGAAUUGGCUUCGGAACCCCAAAAAGUCGUAGAUCAGGGAGAGCAUGGAAAAGAGGGAAAUUCAGUAUUACGCGGGAAAGCCAAAGAGGUCGCAGAUCAAGGAGGAGAAAAUGGAAAGUUGAUGUUAUCAGGGAAAGCCGAAGAAGCCGCAUAUCAAGAAGGAAAAAAGGUAAAGACAGCAUUACCCGUGAACCUCGAAGGAGGGGCAGACCAAGGAAGAGAAGAAGGAAAGUUGGUCUCACCCGAAAAUCCCCCAAAAGUUGGAGACGAGGGAGGAGAAGGAAAGGCAGUAGCUCCUCCCGGAAAACCUCCUAAAGUCCCUCCACGGCCUCCACCCAAAGAACCCCCACGGGUGUUCUCACAGCGGUGGGCAAACCUUUCAAGCCCAACCCCGAACCGACUUGUACAAGGAAAGCCUCAAGUGGUAAAUGUGGAAGCCAACACCUCGUCUAGAUUCUACAAAGGCGGUUCCGUGGGAUUGGAAAUCGAAUAUUCCACCACAGGUCCAGCUGAAAAGAGAGCCGCGCGCGAUUUAUCAUGCAACUUGGAAUGGCUAGCUACUGCAGACGCGGAAGCCGUCCGAGCCGAUAAGGAAGCUCUGAUCAUACAUGCGGAAAAGCUGGAGGCUGAAAUUCCGAUCCCAUCGAGCGCGCUAGGGAAAUGGUACAUUGUCUCAAAGGACAUGAUGAUCCGUGUUCAAAUAGAAUAG